GAUGUUGAAACAUUAGUGGCAUCUCUCCCAGACACCAACUGCUUAGAAAGGGAUUGUUCUUCCUGUACAGUACAUCAUCCAGAUUUUUACUUGUGGAUCUCUCUGUAUGGAAUGCACACUAGUCUCUUAAGUAAAUAUGGGAGUCCAAUACAUUGUGGAAAGCUGUAGACUAUAUCUGACAUCCCAAAGAAAGAUGGUAGAAACAGGUUUGUGUGUGUAGCCAGGAGAGGAAGGGGAUAAGCUGAACAAGAAUUAGACAAGGAGCAUAAUGAUUUCAGAUCUGAUACUAGCCACUGAGAGGCUAAAAACUGAGAAGAAGUACCUCAAUAAAAUGGUUACCAAACUCGUUGAAGAAAACCAGAAGUUCUUGGGUGAAAACAGGCAUUUCCGAGAAAAGAUGGCAAGUUUUCAGAGCUCUCCAGUGCCUAGGAAAAGAGUGGUGGAAGAGAUUGAUGAGGUGAAGUCAACCUUUACCAAGGUCAAGGAGUUGCAAGAUUUAGAGUGGCAGAAGGUGGAAGAGAUUUCUGAAUUCCAUGAAUGUAAGAUUCAUAAGAAUGGAGAAUUUCUAAGUACAGAGAGGAUAAAUCACUUAAAGAUGUAUUUGCAGCAGUGGGAGAGGGAGAUGGAAGACAAGAAGGAGGACAUUAUAAAGGAAAAGCACCAAAUAUCUGAAACAAGAGGAACAGUGGCAGAACAGGGCAAAAUUAUAGAGAAUCUUCAGACACAAAUAAACCACAUGCGAGAGGAGCUCAAAAAUUCAGAACUAAUUGCAUGCCAGCCAAUGGAGCAGAAGGAGGUCCACUCGGAAUCACCGAUGCAUAAGGUGGCCAAAGCAAACUUGCUUGAGAAAUUAGUGAAUAGCUGCCUAAGCAAAAGGCUCUUUUUGCUCAGGAAACCUCCGGAGCUCAAUUUCAAACUUUUACAGUGCUUGAUCAUCCUCCUAGCAUUGUUUAUAUUUUAUACAUAUUUCUUUCAUACUACCUGGAUAUGCCAGUUACUGCCGUGUACCUGCCACAGGCACUAUGCCAGUUGCCUUCGGCCGCACUGACCCUAGAAUAUUUGAAAGGGUCGGGACUGG